GCGGGGUCAAAGGGUCUCCACCAAAAGUUCAAAACACAAGAACAAGUUAAUCAAGGGCUGCGGAUGGUUUAUGAUUUUUAAAAAUUAUGUCAGAGGAUGAUGUUUUAAUUGGACCUGCCCUACCUCCAUGGAUUAAAAGCCGCACUAACGAUGACUCCGAUGGAGAAGUUGCAGGUCCGGCGCUUCCGCCGGGAUACAAACCGGCAGAUGAUUCUAGCUCGUCGGAUAACAGCGAACAGGAAGAGCAGGUGGUCUUCAAGAGAAGCAGGCCGGCUGUUAAACAGGAGAUAGGCGAUGGCCCGACAUCGAACAAGCAGCGUAAGGUGGAAGAAUCAGAGAAAGAUGAGAGGGAUGAAGAUGAAGGUUUCUUUGGGCCUGCUCUUCCACCAGGUUACAAGAAGCAGAGCUCGCCAGAAAGGCCGGUGCUGGGCCCUGCCCUUCCGCCAGGAUUUCUCAAGGCUUCACAUGUCAAUAACGAUGACAGCAAUGACGAAGACGGCCAGGUCUUCUCUGGGCCAGCACUGCCUCCCGAUUAUGUGGCAGAGGCGUCCAGCAGUGACAGUGAGGAUGAUGUCAUUGUUGGGCCUAUGCCUGCCCAGGGAGUCGCUUGCAGCAAUGUUGCCAUGGAUUUUGAACUCCGAGCAAGAAGAAUGAAAGAGAAACUUAUUCAUGGUGAUAGCAGUCCCAAGGAGCUCUCCCGGGAGGCUUGGAUGACCGAGCUUCCGCCUGAGCUUCAGCACAUUGGCCUAGGAGCGCGCAGCUUCAAGAAGCGGUCUGGACCAGAGGACAAAGAUCGCUCCAUUUGGACAGACACCCCCGCAGACCGCGAGCGCAAAGCCCAGGAAUGUCUGGAGAAGAAACAACGUGGUGAGCCACAGGAGGAAGAGUCACCACGCUUCUCCCAAAAAGACCUCCAGAUGGCAGAUAAGGUGUCCAAGUACAAUGAAUCCAAACGGGGAGAGUCACUGCUCAAUAUGCACACCAAGAAGAUGAAGAGCAAGGCCGAAGCAGACGCCAACAAGCCGGUGGAGAGGCGGCCCUUCGACCGAGAUGCUGAUCUCCAGGUGAACCGCUUUGACGAGGCCCAGAAGCAGACCCUGCUGAAGAAGUCCCAGGAGCUGAAUACUCGGUUCUCGCACAGCAAGGACCGCAUGUUCUUGUAGGUAGUGUGAGGAAAGUGUUUCAGAUCCUGUCCCAUCAGAUCAGCUCUUUAAUUUGGCAAAGGCGUAGGAUUUGGGGUCUGAUGAAUUGGGAGUUCUUGUUCAUAAUUGAACUUUGUUUUGUGAGUUGUGAGGUAUGUGUGUGUGUGUGUGUGUGUGUGUGAGAGAGAGAGAGAGAGAGAGAGAGAGAGAGGCACCAGAAAAAGAACAGAAAUAAUUCCCUUUUAUAGUCUGUUCCUAGCUGGGGAUUGCAUUUAAGGGUCCUCCUCUUGCAUCAGGUGGCAUGCCAGCAGGAGCCUAUCAACCACAGGGUCGUAUUUAGACUAAUAUGUUUACUUUCCGAGUGUAGGCUGAAUGAUCGUCAUCGUCAGAUAUUUUGAGGACCAGUGUGUUGGCUGUUCACUUUAAAAAUCUUUAAGUUCAUUUCAUGCAACAUCAAAUGUUACUCUCUCCUCAGAAUUUUAAAAAUGGAACUUGGCACCUGCAUUUUAUUUAUUUGAGGAAUACUUUGAGAUGCCAGAGUGUUUUUUUUAUAUAAAGUGAACAAUAUCUUGUUUUCAAACAUUUUUAUUGUCGUAUCUCAUGAACCAUAAGGCAUGUUGAAGGGCAUAAUAUUUUUUGUGAAGACUAAACAUCAGCAUUUAUCAUUAAAUUAAUAUUUUAAUCUUCUCAUAUGUUAUAAUUAAUGGGUAGUUUGGAGUUUUAAAUCCAUUGUUAGCAAUUGAUCCCAGUACUUUCUUGUAGAAAGUGAACCCAAAAUGAUCUGAGUUGAAUAACAUGCAGUUUUCCAAUCCAUGAUGUUUCAGAAACUUAAGGCCUGGUCAAAGUCAACCUACCCAACAGAUCAAUCCAAUUAGUACAGCUAGUUAUAUUAAAGCUUGUCACAUAAUUUGGAAGUGAUUUGAUCUUCUGUAUCAGUGGUUACCAAAGCCAGAAAUCCCAGGAGCACAACAAUUUGAACCAAAAAGAAUAGUUCUGAGGACUCAAUAUCUUUUUUUGGCCACUGGGUGGCGAUAAGCCCUCUGUUAGACUUCCAGCAACAAGUCUUUGUGAGAGUAAAAUACUACAUGUGAACAUUAAGUCAGCAUGUUUUCUUUGCCUGCCUGACUGCAUAUUCUCAUCAGGUUGGCAAAUAUCAUGCAAUUAUCAUUGUGAGAAAUUAAGCGUAAUUACAUAUCAUAAUUUGGAAAUUAAAAUGUCACUGAAAACA